CCUGAGAGUCUCGGGAACCACCGGUCUGCGGAGCGCCAGCCCGGGCUGCCCCUGCGCUCUCGGCUCCUGCUGGCAUCUCUGCGACAUGAGCCUGGCAGCUGGCACCCGCGCCCCCGGCCCGCGGCCCAGCCCCGGGCUGCUGCUCCUACUAGCCGUCGCUCUCGCCCAAGAGUCGUCACUCCCCACUGUCCCCGGCCCACCCGCAGCAGACUCUGAAGGUGGAGCUGGAGACCUGCGCUGCGUGUGUGUGAAGACCACCUCUGCGGUCCAUCCCCGGAGCAUCUCCAGCCUGGAGGUGAUCGGGGCUGGACUCCACUGCCCCAGCCCCCAACUGAUAGCUACGCUUAAGGAUGGGAGGAAAAUUUGUCUGGACCCGCAGAAUCCUCUGUAUAAGAAAAUAAUCAAGAAACUUUUGAAGAGUUAGCUCUUAAAUCUGUACUUUUGAAGAGUCGGCUGCCUAAAUCUGUACUUUUGCUAUAUAAAGUGUUUCUUCUUUUUUUUUUUCGUUUUCAAUCUAACUGCGGAAAAAUCAUCUGAUGAUUUUAUUAUCCUUGAAAUUCUCCAUAAACAAAAUAAAUGAAGUUGUGGUAUAGUCAAUAUUUAUUAAUAGAGGAAAGAAAUAAUGUUGACAUAUCACAAUUUCAUAUAAAGAAAAAUCUCCAGAAUUUUAAGCAAACAUAUAUUGUGAAAGAAGGUUUGGUUUAAUAAACACUGGUUUUACUUGGUGUUGUAUGUUGGCUGAUAUAUAUUUGCAUAUUUCCAGGAUUGUAUUACUUAAUAACUACUUAUUUACAUAAUAAUGUCAUGAUUAGCUUUGCCAAUAAAUAUUAAUUGCACUUAA